AUGCCCUCUCUUCGUACUCUCGUCCUCGCUGCCACCGUCGCUAGCGAUACAACGACCUCUGUUAUGGUCAAGAACCAGUGCACGAAGGACCUCUUCCUCAACACCGCGUCCUCGCAUGGCACAAUCGACAAUAACGUUGCAGGGCAAGGGUGCAACUCUGACGGCUCUACGCGUACGACGCGCGGGCCAACGUGGUCCGGUCAGUCGCCGUUUUCGAGGGCUGAACUGAACUUCUGGGCCGCCCCAGGCAAAAUCAACACCGGCGACAGCUCGUGCGACGACUACGAGUGCACCAUCUCAUCUGGAUGUCCCGUGCCAGGUGAUGACGGCUCGUGCUACUCCCCUUGCUGCUCCUCAAAGGACAGCUGCUCCAAUGGCGCACUCCCAGCAAACAACCCGGGCUGCGUUAAAAACGCUGGCCCGGGCCCGAACUCGCCGUUUGACUACAACACAUGCCCGAACGCGUAUGCGUUCCCGGAUAACGACGGCUCGGGCGGAUACACGCCUGCCAACAACGUCGACUACACGUGUGGCAACACAGAUGUAACGAUUACACUUUGCCCUGGCAAGACUUCGAGCAUCCCGAAGUAA